AUGACCUCCCUGAGGAUGCUUAUCGCUAGCAACCUCUGGAUCGAGACGUUCGACCCCACGCUACGUUACUUGAUGGCCUCCCCCUCUCGAGCAUCGGACUCGGAGAACUCAGGCUUCGAUUCUGCUCAGCCUUUUCGUGGAGUGGUGGUUUGCUGCACAAGCAUCCCGGUAGAACAAAGGGCCGAGAUUGCCCUGAAGGCUGCCGAAUUAGGCGGCACGCACAAGUACGAUCUCACCCCGGACGUGACGCAUCUGAUUGUCGGCGAGUACGACACGCCGAAAUACCGCCAUGUCGCCAAGGAACGACCCGACAUCAAGCCCAUGGCUGCAGGCUGGAUCGAUGCCAUCUGCAGCCUCUUCACCAUGGCAGAGCCCAUCAACUUCAAGGCGCUCGAGACGGAAUGGCGCCUGAAGACGUUUGAGACUGAUGGCGGCAACGGACGCGGCCGUGGCAAGUUGCUCAUCUGCCUGACGGGCUUUGACGAUGCCGACGAACGACAGUCCAUAACACACACUAUCACUUCCAACGGGGGCUCCUACACGGGUGACCUGACCAAACAUGUCACGCAUCUCGUAGUACACCAGCCGCGGGGCCGAAAAUACGCUGCAGCGAAAGACUGGCAGAUACGUACUGUUUCAAUCGAGUGGGUUCGGGACAGUGUCGAACGCGGUAUGAUCCUCGACGAGUCGUUAUAUGACCCGCUGUUACCGCCCGAGGAGCGGGGUCUCAAUGCUUGGAACAGAAAUGCACCGGCAAGGCGGUCCGCGGCCGGGAGCAAACGGACCCGCGAUGCGUCGUUUGCGGCCAAGGAGGGGGGUGCGCCGGAUGACCGGAAGACGAAGCUGCGAAGGACGGCCAGCUUGAAGCUUAGCAACCAGAGAGACGGCCUGUGGGGCGAUAUUCUUGGAAAGCCGGCGCAGUCGAAACCGUCGCCGAUCUCUGCUGAGGCGGCUUUACCGGAGCAGGAAACCCCAGCUGUGCAUGUUGCGCCGCUGGCCGAAGGCAACAACAGCUCGUUCAAAACUUCCUUUGCUGCACCCGAUGCAAAGACGACCCCAGCUCCGGCACCGUUUGAGAUCCCCAAGGAGCGACCAGUGUUUGACUCGUGCUGUUGCUAUGUUCACGGCUUCUCGCGGCGGCAAACCGAGAUUUUGGUGAACACGCUCGCCUCUCUCGGUGGGCACGUCUGCUCUAGCUUGGAGGAACUUAGCUUGGAGAAAGGAGCACAGUACUCCCACCGCAUACUCAUCGUUCCACAAGAGUCACAGCCAGAAAGUCAUCCAAGGCUACCAUCUGGAGCCUCAAUAGUCACCGAGUUCUUCAUUGAGAAAUGCCUACACAAGAAGCAUUUCUUUGAUCCGAACCAUCACGUCAUCGGCCGUCCGUUUCCGCGCUUCCCAAUUCAGGGCUUCGAGAGUCUUGGAAUAGCUACCUCGGGGUUUACAGGUGUGGACUUGAACCAAAUAGACAAGACGAUUCGCCAGCUCGGUGCGCGCUACGACGAGCGAUUCACCGCAAACACCUCGAUGCUUCUCUGCACGUCAUUAGAAGCUGUUCGCAAGCAGAAGCUGGAUCUGGCGCUGGCAUGGAAAGUCCCUGUUAUUCAGGCCGACUGGCUUUGGACUUGCAUAUCAACUGGCUACAAGGUCCCGUUUCGGGACUUUAUGUAUAAAGAGCUUAACCAGAGCAUUACGCCACCGAGAACGCUCUCUGCAAACACUGAUUUGACCAGGUCACGAUCCGCACCAUCCGACAAGGAGAAGGAGUCCUUGCGCAGAACAAAAUCAGCUUCUGCAUCUCGUCCUUCAACCGCAGAAUCUACUUCAGCGCAGGCCCCCGCGCCUCCAGCAGCACCCGAAAGUGCGAGUGAUGCGACAUCGGCAAUUCCUAUCCAGGCGGAAACUGCUGAGUCUGCGGAGAAAAUCAGCGAUCACGAGAAGGGACCUGCAGGAGAGUCUAAUCAUCCAAAAGAACCGAAGGAUGACACCGGGACAAAUGACGGAAGUCGAGCACCAUCAGAGCCAUUGGCAGCCAAAUCGGUCAGUGCGCUCAACAAAACACCCCCAGAGCAACAGAUUCAUGGAGAAGAAAAGUCUGCUGCGGGAGAAGCAAACGAACAGCCGAAGAACAAGCCCGCGGCGCAAAGGAAGCUUGCAAGAAUAGCAAGCGAGGUUGCCGACUCGGACGCCGACGAUUCAGAGGAGGAUGCUCUCGCCAUGGCCGCAAGGGAAGCGUCGGCCCAAAGAGCCCGCGAGAAGAAGCUAAAGGACGAAGCCAACCGCUUGGCUUUGUGCUCCAAGCUGACGUCCCUCCUCGACGGUAAAACGAGCGCUCCCGGUUCGGCAGACGAACAGGACGCAUCUGGCGGGCAGUCAGCAUUACCGGGAGCGGCACCACAGCCGGCCCGUCGUAAACGUAAGAUCAUGGGACGCGCAGUCUCCAACGUCUCUAUCGGCUCCAACGGCAGCGGUGGUGGAAAUGCAGACGCUGUCUCUGCCACUGGGGACAAGAAUUCGGUAAUGGGCGCAGACGACAGCAAAACCAAGGAGAAUGCACCGCCGCCGGCCACUCAGCUGGUGUACGAUGCGCCACAUGCGGACUACUUUAUGGCACAGUUGAGGGCUGGCGUGGCCGAUGGCACGAAAGGGCCACCCAAGGAUGCCGGUGGAGGGGAGAAGCUCACCCUCAAGGACUUGCAACAGCCGCAGCAGCAAUAUGGUACAAGUGCGGCCGGCAGGAGGACGAGGAGACGAUGAUUCUGCUUCGUCUUUUCUGCUGGUAGGGUGAUUUAUGUUCAAAAGUUCGUAGUCUGACGAUGUUGUUGUGGGUUAUAUGUUACUUUUUUUUUUUUAAAGUUUUAGUAGAUACCAUACCAUUUAUGGAUAGCAUGGGUUAGGUGUGGCAGUAUAUGUCCAUAGUAACGAG